UAUACAUAUACUGUAUACACACACACACACACACACACACAUAUUACAUACACUGUGUGUGUUAUUAUAAUAGAUAUUGUGCAUUUAAUUAGUCCUCAACCAUUAAUCAGUGCAAUGAUAUGACAAAAAAAUAGCUUGUGGUGUUCCUCAUUUUUAAAGGGGUGGUUUACUGCGAUUUCACUUUUUUCAUUUUAAAUAGUGUUGUUUAAAUUAAUUGCUUACUGCUAGGAAAGAAUACUCCGUUUCCUACCUAUUUCUAUUCUGCUUUUUCGUUGUGGUUUAUAUUUUUGAUUGCACUUACUGGUCAUUAUAAUAACUGCCCCUUUAGCUUAAACUCCUUUGCUGCACUUAAGUGCGAAGUGUUAGUUUCGAUUUGAGCCAUUGCCCUGCGAUUGGCUGGUGUUUGUGCUAAUUAAAAGCGACCACAGCUUUUUUCACUCUAGACUGUGUAUUUGUUUGAGGUCUGUGCGCUGACGGAAGCGUUCAGCAGUCGUGUUCAGCAGUCGUGUUCAGCCUCCUCGUGUGAAGACCGACGAGUGUAAAGACCUGCGACUUUUUCCUGCGCGACUUUAACCGAGCAAUGACAACGAGCUACACACUUAAGUAUCUUUUUUCCUUCCUCACACACUCUGCUUUCCUAUCCUCUUUCCUUCUACCUCUAUCAUGUGUCUCCAAACCAUUCCGGUUCUCUCUCAGCCACGCUCUAAAAUCACACGCAGACGGCAGUGUAAUCCUGCUAACCUACGCCCUAUCUCUACAUCUUCCACUACACCUCUGGCUUUCUCUGUGGGUCUCUGGAAUUGUCAGUCAGCCGUCAACAAAGCUGACUUCAUUUCUGCCUUUUCUUUAAAAUCCACUCUCAGCAUCUUGGGCUUGACUGAGACCUGGAUUCGUCCAGAAGACUCAGCAACCCCAGCUGCUCUCUCUACUAAUUUCUCUUUCUCUCACACUUCGCGUCAAGUUGGCCGGGGUGGGGGUACUGGCCUGCUCGUUUCAAACAAUUGGAAAUACUCAACCCGCUCUACCCUAUGCAAUUACAACUCCUCUGAAUCUCAUGCCAUUACUGUAUCAGCUCCGAUAAAACUCCAGACUGUGGUAAUCUACCGUCCCCCUGGACAAAUUCUAGCCACCUUCCUAGAGGAGCUGGAUGGGUUGUUGUCCUCUUUUGUGGAGGAUGGCACUCCACUCUUAGUCUUUGGUGAUUUCAACAUUCACCUAGACAAGCCUUAUGCUACAGACUUCCACUCACUCCUAGCUUCAUUUGAUCUCAAUCGCCUUACCACUACUAGCACGCACAAAUCAGGCAACCAACUUGAUUUAAUUUACACACGCAAUUGUACUGCAGAUAACAUUCUGGUACAACCGCUACAUAUCUCAGACCAUUUCUUCAUUACAUUUACACUACAUUCUGCUACCCGUGUGCCACCAACCCCCCUACCGGUUACUUUUAGACGAAACCUACGCUCCCUUUCUCCUUCCCAUCUUUCCUCUGUAGUAUCCUCCUCUCUUCCCUCACCUACCCAUUUCUCAUCUCUGGAUGUAAACGCAGCUACUGAAACUUUAUGCUCUACCUUAACUUCUUGCCUAGACGACAUUUGUCCUCUCUCCUCUAUGUCAGCACGGGCUGCCCCUUCUAACCCCUGGUUAUCUGAUGUUCUUCGUGAACAUCGGACUAAACUCAGAGCGGCAGAGAGAAAAUGGCACAAAUCAAACAACCCGUCGGAUCUGAAACAACAAACGAUGCUAAACAGUCAGGUUUCAGGAGUGGCCAUUCAACUGAGACUGCGCUUCUCUCGGUCACUGAAGCCCUGCGAAUCGCAAAAGCCCAUUCCAAAUCAUCAGUCCUCAUUCUGCUGGAUCUAUCUGCCGCGUUUGACACUGUCAAUCAUCAGAUACUCCUCUCCACCCUCUCAUCACUGGGCAUCGCUGGAAUUCCACUUCGCUGGUUUGAAUCCUAUCUCACUGAUGAUCCAACGGUGGCUGCAAGAAUCUCAGGUUGCCUGGCAGACAUCUCGGCUUGGAUGAAAGAACAUCACCUUCAGCUCAACCUGGCAAAGACUGAGCUUCUUGUCUUUCCCGCCGCUCCGACUCUACAGCAUGACAUCACGAUCCAGUUAGGUUCAUCAACAAUUACCCCAUCAACUUCGGUCAGAAAUCUCGGUGUAAUCUGAUGACCAGCUGACCUUCAAAGACCACAUUGCAAAGACUGCUCGAUCUUGCAGGUUUGCACUACACAACAUCAAAAAGAUCAGGCCCUUUCUGACGGAGCAUGCUGCACAACUUCUUGUCCAGGGGCCGGAUUCACAAAACAUUCUUAAGAAGAAAUUUCUUCUUAACUGCCAUUUUCUUCUUAUUUUUUAACUUAAGAAAAAAGUUAAGAAUAUUUUGUAUUCCCAAAAAAUCUUCUUAAGAAUAUUCUUAUCUUUUUUCAUAAGAUUGUUCUUAAGACAAAACUUCAGAAGAAUUCAAAUUCUUGAAAAGAAUCUUCUUAAAAAUCAUCGUAAAUAACUUCUUAAAUUUAGGACAGCCCCAGACUUGUCUUAAAUCCAAAACAGUAAGAAUUAUUUAAUAAAUUGAUUGGGUUAUUUCAAAUUAAUUGUUAUAUUUAAGCAUUACAACAACAUUAGCUACAUAUAAUACAUAGUAGGACUAUUAAUAGGGAUGUGCACGAGUUUUCUGAAGUGACAGCGAUGACUGAUAAUGUAAACAAUGAUCUACUUUUUUCUGACUUCAAAACUCAGUAGCAACUCUACAAAAAUGAGACAGAUAGGGAACUUUAAUUGGCCGCUUUUAUUUUAGCCUAUAAAUACGACAUAAUCUUUGGCAGUAUGCAGCGCAUAUGAAUGCGCCGAUAAACAGUACGCGUUCGCUGUAGCAGCGCGGACACACAAACCGGAAGCGUUCACUCGGAUGAGAGCGCAAAAGCACAGCACAAAAAUGAAUGAAACAGAUCGCUGCAGCUUGAGACAGACAGACUGUUCAAAAACGCCGCAUUAAAAACGUGACGCGCCAUUCAAAGUCGCGACAAAAAGAGUGUGCUGUGCUUAUUAUGAUUAUUGUAUGGUAAUCUGCAGGAAGCGCAGUGAGUUUAUCAGUGCAUCAUGUUUUCACUCAGAUAACUGUCAUUUUCUACUUAAGAAAAAAAUUAAGAUGUUCUUAAGAAUAUAUUUGAGAACUUAUUAAGAAUUUUUCAAGAAUUGCACUUACGAACAUUCUUACGAACUUCGUGGAAUUUAUCUUAAGAAAUUUCUUAACUUAUUUCUUAAGAAGAUUUUCGUGAAUCCGGCCCCAGGCCCUUGUCAUUUCUAGGCUGGACUACUGCAAUGCUCUUCUGGCUGGACUUCCAUCAAACACAGUCAAACCUCUACAAAUGAUUCAGAAUGCGGCAGCACGACUGGUCUUCAAGGAACCCAAAAGAGCCCAUGUCACACCUCUAUUUAUCUCAUUGCAUUGGCUACCAAUCGCAGCCCGCAUCAAGUUCAAGACAAUGAUGCUUGCUUAUAGAACAACCACAGGUUCAGCACCCGCCUACAUGCACUCACUAUUAAGAAUCUACAUCCCCUCCAGAAGUCUGAGAUCUGCUAGUGAGCGACGCCUCGUGGUACCAUCACAAAGAGGCUCAAAAUCACUCUCCAGAACAUUCUCGUUCACCAUUCCUGGCUGGUGGAAUGAUCUUCCCACCCAUAUUUGGAGUGCUGGAUCCCUGUCAAUCUUCAAGCAACAGCUGAAAACUCAUUUCUUUCGACACUACUUGACUUCACCUUACACACAUAAAAAAAAAAAAAAACACUCUCUUUAUUUAUUCCUUCCCUUGCUCCGUUACUUACUUACUUCCGUUCCAACUUUAAAACCAGAGGCAGCAGUUGUUGGGCCACAACCUGUAAGUAAGAUUUAAUCAUUUUAAAUGUAUUUGCAUGUAUAAUUUCAGCCGUAAUGUUUUAGUUUUAUCAAGGACGUAAACAAAUGCCAACGCUGGCUUUAGUAGUCAGUUAGUUAAAUGCUAUUUCGUGUGUCUAUGACAAACGCGUACAAACACUUUGGACCCGAAUUUGUAAUUAUGUACUAAUUUUAUAAAUGUAUUUUCCAUGUAUACUUUAUGACGUAAUUUUUCGAUUUGAUCAAGAACGUAAACACAAGCCAAUGCUGUUUGGUUUUAGUAGCCAGUUAGUUCAAUGCUAUUUUGUGUGUAUAAGACAAACGUGUACGAACUUCAAAAAAUUGUAUGUAAUCACAACAGCAUACUUCCAUUCAGAAACGUUUUGUAAGAGCCGUGCUUGCGGAAGUUCUGCUUGACUCUCUUCAUUACCGCUUUCUGGGUCUGAUUCUGGCUCGAACUGAUACGGCAAUAUUGACACCAUUAUUUACAUUUGACCGGAGCACAUGCAACUGUCGCCCGUGAAGGUAAUGGGCGUGAAGUUUCCGGACAAUGUGCAGUGCGCAGUUUAGCCAAUCACAACACACCGGCCCAACUAACCAAUCUGAGCCCAUUGCUUGUUUCUGAGGGAGUGGUUUCAUAGAAUCAGGAAGUCAACCGGUCGUUCAAAUGACAGAGGAGAAAGCGGCUUACAAUAAAGGUGAAAUGUAUGAAAAAUUUUUUAACAAACGAAACACGAAGACAUGUUAUAUUGCACCCCAUAAACACAAUCAAGCAAAGAAAAAAAGCAGUAAACCACCCCUUUAAAUGAAUACAUGCUAAGUGAAUAAAUGUAUUUUAUUCACAUAAAUUUUAUUUAAUUUUAUGUAAAUCCCUCUUUUUUUACUAUUAUAUGAGUUGUUAUAACUUACUAUGUUAUAUGUUCUAUUCAACAUUAUACAGAAAAGCAAUAAAAAGUACACUAAAGUGCACUAUUUUUCUACUGUUGGGCAUUCAGCAGGAGAUC